AUGGGGGUAUUCCAAAUCGCUAAAGACCUCUUUAUUCCUGUGCCUCCGGCAACCAGGCGCGAGCCCGGUCACCUGAACCAGGAUUUGGAUGCGGCGCAAGCAAGCAAUCUAAACGACUCUAGACUCACCAAACUUGAAGACAACGAAGAUGAGUUUGAAACCUCGUCGGGGUUGACUGAGAAUAUUUACGAUAUUGGAAGUACUCACCGCAAAUUGCUUAAUAGACACAUCCAACUCAUUGGUAUUGGAGGCACCAUUGGUAUUGCCCUGUUCGUUGCUAUUGGAACCGCUCUGUCUCAUGGUGGACCUUUGAGUUUGCUUCUGGGUUACAGUUUCUGGUCUAUGAUCAUCAUCAUGGUCACUGCGAGUUGUGCAGAGAUGGUGUGCUAUCUACCGAUCUCUUCGCCUUUCAUCAGACUGGCAGGCAGAUGUGUUGAUGAGGCAUUCGAAGUGACUGCCGGCUGGAAUUACUGGCUGCUCGAGUCAGCAUUGGUUCCCUGGGAGCUGUGUCUUGUGAACACCCUUGUGCACUACUGGAGAGAUGAUUAUUCUCCUGGAAUUCCCAUUGCGAUCCAGGUCGUGCUGUACUUCUUUAUCAACGUGUUUGCGGUGAAGCUUUACGGAGAGUCAGAGUUUUGGCUUUCUAUUGGAAAAGUGAUAUUGUCCAUUGGACUCAUUUUUUUUACGUUUAUCACAAUGGUAGGAGGAAAUCCGGAACACGACGUUUACGGCUUCAGAUACUGGAGAGAUCCUGGCCCAAUGGCUGAGUUCAUACAUUUAGGUUCUCUUGGAAGAUUCCAAGGGUUUCUGGCAUGUGUUAUCAGUGCUUGUUUCACAAUUGCAGGUCCAGAAUAUGUUUCAAUGGUUGCAGGUGAAGCCGUUAAUCCAAGAAAAAAUUUACCCAAUGCUUACAAGCAAGUUUCUUAUCGGUUGACACUCUUCUUCCUAGGAGGAGCCCUCUGUGUCGGAAUCGUCUGUGCGUACAACGAUCCACUGCUACUGGAUGCCAUCACUAACUCCAAGCCAGGAGCUGGAUCCUCGCCAUAUGUGAUUGCAAUGACCAACAUGCGCAUCAAGGUGCUUCCACACAUCGUUAAUGUGAUGCUCGUCACCACGUCCUUUUCUGCUGGUAACUCAUACACAUACUGUUCCUCCAGGACUCUUUAUGGUAUGGCUCUAGAUGGAAGAGCACCCCGGUUUUUCUCUCAUUGCAAUAAGAAUGGAGUUCCUAUCUACGCUGUUUUAGCUGCAUUGGCAUGGGCCAUGCUCGCAUUUCUUCAGGUGGGGAGUACUUCCAAGAAGGUGUUGACCUGGUUGGUUAACCUGGUGACCGCUGGUCAGCUCUUGAACUUCCUAAUCAUGUGUAUCACUUACUUGCACUUUUACCGUGCUUGCAAAGUUCAAGGUCUUGAUAGAAAGUCCUUUCCAUUCGUGGGCUGGUGCCAGCCAUACCUUUCCAUGUUUGCGGGUAUAGUCGUUCUUGUCAUGGUUGGUGUUCAGGGCUACACAGUCUUUAUUCCCGGUGGAUGGUCCGUGGAGUCCUUCCUGUUCUCCUAUCUUAUGGUCUUCAUCGACAUUGCCAUCUUCAUCGUUUGGAAGCUGGUGAAAAGAACCAAAUAUAGAGAUCCAGCGGAGGUUGAUCUAGUAACUGGUUUGGAGGAGAUUGAGGAACACGAAAGAAUCUACUAUGCUAAUUUGGAGAAGUAUGGUGAUCAGCCUAAGAAAUGGUACCACAAAGUGGGGGCUUUUAUGUUCGGUGGAUAG